UCCUGCCAUCUCUCUCACUUCCAACGCCAUUUCCCUCUAUCCCUCUCUUUCCCUCACUGUUACUGAAAAGGCGUUCAGGGGGGUUGGGGCAGAAAAGAGAAAACAUCUGCUGCCGUCCGCGAAAUUUAGCUGCCUUGCCAUCAAAAUCAAAUAUUUGCAGGUAUGAUUCGCACGGAAGGAAUCAAAGGAGGUGGAGGGAGAGUUGGCGCCGGUGACGACGACAUGGGUGAUGGAAUGCAAUGCAGCAACCAUCCUCACAGAAACAACCCUGGAGGGAUCUGCGCCUUUUGCCUUCAAGAGAAGCUUGGCAAGCUUGUUUCCUCCUCUUUCCCUCUCCCCGUUCGUCCCUCUUCCUCAUCAUCUUCUUCCCCUUCCUUCAGAUCCGAUAUGGCUCCUGCUUCUGCCGCUUGUGCUGCUCCUUCCUCUUCUUCCCUCUCCUUCUCUGCUCGUCCUGUUUCUGCUGUCAAAAAUGGUAUUGCCGAUUCUCAAUACAACCAGUACUACACCCGACGGGUCCGCCUUCCUUUUCUUUUAGCCAGGAAGAACAAGAAAGCUUCCUCGAACUCCUCCUCGUCGGCCGCGCCGUCUUCUGCCUCCGAUGUCAUAUUCAAACGAAGCAAGUCCUCUGCUACUCCCAGGAGGGGGAAGUUCUUGAAUGAUGCGGAGGAUGAUGAUAUAGUCAUCGAAAACUUCAGCCCCAGAAAAAGAAAUGGGUUUUGGUCCUUUUUUUAUCUUCCUUCUAAAUCCUCUGCUCCCGCAAAAAAAUCGGGUGCCAAGAGCUUCAGAGACAGUCGUAACAGCCCGCGCAUUUCCACAAUCACACCGGCUAUUACAGGUUCAAGUUCGGUGAAGCAGAAGGACAAGUUCUUGGGUUCCAAUUUAGGAAGGAAGAUUGAAAUUGGCGGGAAAGAGGAUGACAGUCCCAAUAGCCAAACCACAGCCUCUGCUUCAUCCUUUGAGCGCAAGGUCUCGAGAUCCAGAUCUGUCGGGUGUGGCAGCAGAAGCUUCUCUGGCGACUUCUUCGAGAGAAUCUCCACCGGGUUUGGAGACUGCACUCUCCGGAGGGUGGAAUCCCAACGCGAAGGUAAGUCGAGGGCCAUGGCUGCCUCCUCCGUCGUCAACCACCACCACCAUCCGUGCAUGAAGGAAAGAGUGAAAUGUGCUGGCAUAUUCAGUGGGCUCAUGAUGACUUCGUCGUCUUCGUCGUCGUCAUCUUCCUCGUACUGGGUGUCAUCCUCUGCGGAUGAUCAUGGGAAUGGGAAAUCAGCGGCUGUGGCCAUCUCCCAUGGGCGAGCAAGAAGUUGGGGCUGGGCAUUUGCGAGUCCCAUGAGAGCGUUCAGUACCAAAAGCAAGAGGGAUAUCAUCAGGGAUGCUUCUGAUCACAAGAAUGCCACGACGCCAAAACCAAAUUUGUCCGAUAUUCCUUCACUGCUUGCCGUCGGGGUUUGAAACGUAGGGGAGAUCACACACGAAAAGGAAACAACAAAAUACAGGAAAUGGAGGGGGAUCUUAUUUAAAUAAUACAAAUUACUCUGCUUUUUUACUCCUUUGUUCAUCUUGUCCAUGAAUCAUUUUGAGUUUCUUUGGAAUGUAAUAUUCGCUGGACAGUCACAUCUUAUUGUUGAUAUUCAUGUUAUGAAAGCUGAGUAUGGCGCUGUGUGAAGGGUCUAGAUUCAGAGAAAGGCAAACAGAAGAAAAGAAAACUCCCAAUACAUUCGCUAGUGUCAAUGUGCUGUGGUUCUACUUUACUGUGACCCUGGCUGCAUUAUCAGGCUCUUGGGGGAGAGAUUUCGGUCACCUCACUGAUCAGUGAUCUGUCACCUGCUUAGCUUUGCACCGUUAAUCGAAUCUUACGCGUCUCGCCACGACACGUGUCUGGACGCACUCGCUGCGAGGAUCUGCUUCUCGCACUGAAUCCUGGUCCGUAUUAUCAUUGUCUGGGGUGCGGUGUUGGGGAGUGGAAUUGAUCAGUGUGGAGUCAAAGUUGAAUGUGAGUACAAUGAGAGAUCACAUGCGCACACAUGCUUGUUUGGGUGCGGGCGUAGGAGAAGAGAAGAUGCAGACAUGAGAGAUACAAUUGGGAACGUUAUGUUGAAGGCCACAUGGAAUGGGGGAUGGUUGGUGUAAUUUUAACAAAAGUGAAAACAAUAGGACUGGAUGGUCAAAGAGAACAUGGUUGGAGGUAAGGUGGUCCCCUGGAUGGCUUUCAAUGAUAGGAUCUUGCUACUGCAUUGCAUUUAAUAUUGAAACCUUAUAGGAUCCGCCUUCUUGCGGUUCUUCGUGAUUUUUUAAGACGCUUUUUCCUUUGACUCAUCCAUCUCCUCUGUUUUGCAUACAAAGCUAGCUGUAUGUUGUCGUUUUGUCAACCACAUGCAUCUAAGUUCUAUGCU